UUUCUCUUUCUGCGACGACCAACUUACGAUGCAGAAAGACGCCGAUGGUUUUAUUACUGGAGCACCGGAUGCAUCACCAGAGGCUGGACCAGCAGACGAGGCCGCCUCGCCAAAAGGUGCAAACAGCGACCUCAUAAACUCGACAUUUGAGGUUACCGUCACUCUCGCCGACCAGCAAGGAGACCCAAAUUCGCCACUGUACAGCGCAAAGACUUUCGAAGAACUCGGGCUCCACCAAGAUCUCCUCAAGGGCCUCUUCCAAAUGGGAUUCACUAAACCUUCAAAGAUCCAAGAACGCGCGCUACCGCUCCUGCUAUCCAACCCACCAACCAAUAUGAUCGGCCAAUCACAGUCUGGAACAGGCAAAACAGCAGCCUUCGUCCUCACCAUGCUUUCACGCGUCGAUUUCUCCAAAAACCAAACACAAGCCUUAUGUCUGGCGCCAUCCCGCGAGUUAGCGCGUCAAAUCAUGUCUGUCAUUCUUUCCAUGGGCAAGUUCACCGCCAUCCAGACCGAAUACGCCAUCAAAGACCAUCUACCAAGGGGUGCAACACGUGUCACUGCGCACAUCGUCGUUGGCACCGCCGGUACUAUGAUUGAACUAAUUCGGAAGAAGGUUAUCGAUGUGUCGGGCGUCAAGGUCUUUGUGUUGGAUGAAGCCGAUAACAUGUUGGAUCAGGAUGGUCUAGGAGAUCAGACGCUACGGGUGAAAAAUAUGCUCCCACGGAGCUCAGCAAAUCCGAUUCAAAUCAUCCUUUUCUCAGCGACAUUCCCUGAUCAUGUCCGUAACUUUGCCUCCAAGUUCGCCCCCAAUGCCAACAAGAUUGAACUGCGGAAAGAAGAGCUCAACGUAGACAACAUCAAGCAGUUCUACAUGGAUUGUCGGGAUGAGGAGCACAAAUACGAUAUUCUCGUCAGUCUGUACUCGUUAUUGACAGUGGGCCAAAGUAUCAUCUUCUGCCAACAUCGGCACACGGCAGAUCGGAUAUCAAAGCGGAUGACCGCGGAGGGACACAAGGUCGCGUCUCUGCAUGGCGCUAAGGAUGCCGGGGAACGUGAUGCGAUUAUUGAUGGAUUCCGUGACGGUAAAGACAAAGUCUUGAUCACAACGAACGUCAUCGCCCGAGGUAUCGAUAUCUUGCAGGUGAACAUGGUCGUCAACUACGACCUGCCUCUCAUGGCCGAUCGAGGGUCAAACAAGACGCAGGGUGAUCUGAGUCCCGAUAUUGAGACGUAUAUUCAUCGAAUCGGUCGAACUGGUCGAUUCGGACGCAAGGGUAUCUCCAUUAAUUUUGUGCAUGACAAAAAGACGUGGAACCAGAUGGAGACAAUCGAGAAGGCGAUUGGGAAGAAAAUAACGAGGAUUGAAACGAAUGAUCUUGAAGUCAUGGAGGAGGUAAGAGAUACCUCACUGUUUGCGAGCGUUUCUGAUGAAAUGGCUCUUUUAGAACAUGAAGAAGGCACUAAAGUAGUAGAUGAUGUCCCUUAUAUUAAAGGCUGUACUGUACCUGUACUUAUAUUUCUCUUCAUGUGCCGAAGGGAUAUUCCUUUGCACUCUCAAUUGCCUGCACAAAAAAUUAUCUAAAUAAAUAAGUACAAGAACUUCAAACUCUUUUAACGGCUCAAGCACUCAAGUGUUGGUCCCAC